CGCAUUUAUAAUAGUACAUAAUACACCCGAAGAUUCAGCCAUAAAAUGUAGUCAAAUGUUGAAACACAAUUGAUAGAUUUGCAUAUUUCAGGGAAGAAAGUGGUAGCUUGAGGUUCAAAUGUAUUAUCGUAUUUAAUCGCAAUACCAUGGAUAAAGUUAAAUAUCAUUUCAAUAAUACGAAAUACAAAGAUAUAAUCUGAAGAUCACUAAAUGCAAUAAAUCUGAGUCUGGCAGUAGCACCAACUUUACGACAAUGAGAUUUGAUGAAGUUUUACAGGAGCAUGUUGGAGGAUUUGGGCCGUACCAAUGGGGAUUAUACAUCCUAAUAGGGCUAAGUGCGAUGCCAAGCGGUUGGCAGUCCAUGGCGAACAAUUAUUUGGUAGGAAGACAACAGCAUUGGUGCAAUGUACCAGCGCUUUCAAACUUAUCUCAUGCGAGACAAAAGUACAUUAGUAUUCCAUUAGACCGCCAGCAAGAUGGUUCAGAUCGAUACACGUCUUGCCAUUACUAUUCUCUAAACUACAGUGAAUAUUCUUACGAGGAACUAAUGAGUUGGAACAGAAGUGUGCGACUAAAUGGCGCCCGUAGGAUCAAAUGUGAUAGCGGUUGGGUAUACGAUAGAAGUCUUCAUGUGUCAACAUUAUUAAGCAAAUGGGAUAUUGUCUGUGACAUAGAUUGGCAAGGACCUCUUGUAUCAACUAUAUACAUAGGGGGCAUGCUGGUCGGAUCAUUACUAUCUGGGGUUAUCUCUGAUAGAUUUGGAAGGAAGGUGGCUUUGAUGGCUAUGAUAGUCAUUGAAUUUAUAUUUGCAUUCGCUGGAGCGUUUAUGCCAAACUACCCACUUUUCUGUAUUUGUCGCUUUGCUGUUGGUGGAUCUGCAAUUGCAAUAUAUAUCAUAGCCUUAGUAUACAUUGUAGAAAAUAUUGGAGCUGUGUACAGAAGCAAAGUUUUCAUUGCACCAUUUUUCCUCUCUGGCUACGCAGUGCUUUCUGGGUUGGCAUAUGGGGCAAGGGAAUUCGAAAACCUACAGGUGGUCAUGGCUGUACCACGUCUUGUUUUCUUCUCAUUUUUCUGGAUCAUCCCAGAAUCUCCUAGAUGGCUAGUGUCCCAGAAACGUCAAGACGAAGCCAUAAAGAUACUAACGUAUAUGGCAGAAGUUAAUGGUCGAACAAUGCCUGAUAAAAUAGAUUUCACUGAAGAAUAUAUUAAGAAUGAUACAAUUGAUAAAUUGGAUGGUGAGAAUGACAGCAGGACAAAGGGGACAAUAGUAGACCUUGUUCGAACACCAAGAAUACGGGCACGCUACUUCAUUAUGUGUACAAUAUGGUUCGUGACUGCGGUGUACUAUGGGUUAUCGCUCAACAGUGGUGGUCUCGCUGGGAGUGUGUUCGUGAACACUACCAUCUCUGCUGUGGCAGACAUCAUUGCUUGGCUCUUCUGUAUUAAUUCGAUAGGAAGAGUAGGAAGGAAAUGGCCAUUGGUUGGUGCAUUGAUAUUUGGAGGAAUAGCUUGUCUUUUAUGCAUUCCAUUUCUAUAUCAACGAAAUUUGCAAUAUUUUGUCGUUAUAUUGUCGAAUGUUGGUAAGAUAGGAGCGGCCGCUUCGUUCCAGAUCAUCUAUACGUACACAUCCGAGAUGUUUCCUACUGGCAUCAGGGCAGUUACAGUGGGUUCAGCCUCUAUGGUCGCGAGGAUCUCUGCAAUGGCAUCACAGCAACUCGGCCAACUGGAUAGCGUGUGGUUACCCCUACCAUCUGUUAUAUUCGGAAGUACCACAGUAGUAUCUGGCUUCUUAGCUUUAUUUCUACCAGAGACACUUGGAAAGAAACUACCAGAAACUAUUGAAGACGGGGAACUAUUUGGCACGAAAAAGUAUGAUGACCAAAGUAUGGAAAUAGCCCAAAGGAAUGGACGGAUACAUACAGCGACUGAUGCUGGACACGACAAUCAUGGUUAUGUUGUUGGUGAACGUUUGAAAGAGAAUAAUGAAGACUCUUCUAGUAAUGUCAAACCGAACUAUGAUAAUCUAAAUACAGAGGUGACACGAAUAUAGCAAAUGACAAUUAUAACGAGAGGUUUCUUGAACUUAAAAUUGACUAUUACAGUGCGAAACAUAAUGUACAAAUUACUCGAUGAC